CAACAAGUGUGACUCUCUUCAUCGCCAGCAUCGAUACGACGUCGUUCCUUGCUUCUCUGUUCUUCUACUUUCUGAGUUUCUGUGAAUCACAGAUAUGAAUUCUGAUACUCGUGAAGGUAUAUAUCCUCUGCAUCGCUCUAAAACCAUUCAUCUGGUGAGGCAUGCUCAAGGAGUUCACAAUGUAUUAGGAGAGAAGGACCAUAGUGCAUAUAUGUCUGAGGAACUCUUUGAUGCACAUCUUACCCCUUUUGGUUGGGAACAGGUAGAUAAUCUCCGGAAGCAUGUUCAUACGUCUGGACUUUUCAAAAAUAUCGAAUUGGUUGUAGUUUCACCUUUGCUCAGGACCAUGCAAACAGCAGUUGGUGUUUUUGGAGGUGAAGCUUCUGCUGAUGGGGUUGACAUGCCUCCACUAAUGGCAGAAAAUACUGGCAGUUGUAAUCGUCCUGCAAUUUCAAGCCUAAAUUGUCCUCCGUUCAUUGCUAUGGAGCUUUGUCGAGAGAAUAUGGGUGUUAAUCUUUACAAUAAGAGGAGAUGUAUAAGUGAAUACAAACACAUGUUCCCAGCAAUUGAUUUUUCAUUGGUUGAAACCGACGACGAUGUUUGGUGGAGCCCAGAUACUAAAGAAAAGUUUGAAGAUGUUGCAGCCCGGGGGGUGAAGUUUAUGAAAUGGUUGUUGAGCCGUAAAGAGAAGGAGAUUGUGGUUGUUUCUCACGCUGUUUUCUUGCAUCGUACACUUGAUGCAUAUGGAGAUGACUGCCAUCCCACACUCAAGAAAGAAAUGUCCAUAUACUUUAAGAACUGCGAGCUUCGUUCAAUGGUCAUUGUUGAUAGAAGCAUGAUCAGAUCAGACACUUCAAAGACCGACUUUCUUGGAAAAACUGCUAACGGUACUGAUGUCAUGAGUGAUGCUGUUUAGUAGAGAAUCAUAUCCACAUUCACAUUCGACAUGUCUUUAUAUUGGAUUCUAAAUCAUCAAUAAACGAAAUAAAUUACUUACAACCAUGAUAGAUGAUUUCAUGUCAAGUUGUUGCUGAUUAUCUUAUAUGUUUAACGUUUAGAAAUUAAAAUUUUCAGCAUGGCAACCCAUUUAACUUGUUUAAAG